GGUGCGUCUAUAUAUAUAUAUUAUUAUGUAUAUAUUUUAUAUAUAUUAGUAAGAUUUAAAAUGUCGCUCUCAAAGAGUUCCUACUGUAGCAGAAUGUAUCUUUCGGCUGCUGAUGCGAGACAUCUGGGCGGCCAUUGGAUCUUCUAAAUUUAGAGCCAGCGAUUAGCAGCCAAUGGCAGGCAAGCGACCGCUGCCGAUGCCGAUCCCGAUCCCGAUCCCUCGGUUCCUCGGAUGCUUGGAUGCUCGGCUGCUAUGGAUGCCCGGUUUCGGAUCCCCUGGGACACGACGACGAGGACGGAAACCACUUGACGCUGCCAGACAGUCUGACGGCGACAAGUAGCUGCGGUUGGCAGUGCUUAAAUGUUCGCGCCCCGGUCCGCAUCCUUUUAGUCGAUCAGCAAGUGAGGAUGAGCAAGGACGCGAGUGUUAGGAUUUGCCAGCAGCGGGAACGACGUCUCCUGCGUACGCCCAAGUGUGCCAGGUGUCGCAAUCACGGCGUCAUCUCCUGUGUCAAAGGUCACAAGCGUUUGUGCCGCUGGCGCGAAUGCUGUUGCCCCAAUUGCCAACUGGUCGUCGAUCGCCAGCGUGUUAUGGCCGCCCAGGUGGCCCUGCGACGCCAGCAAACGAUGGAGGCCCUGGAGGCCACCACCACCACCACAUCGGCGACAAAAUCAACGCUCAUACCGCCGGCCAGCGCCAAUAGCUCCAGCAGCGAGGGCGAGGAUUCGCUGGCCUCCACCUCACCACCGCCGGCACAUAGCCAUCCCCAACCACAUCCGCAUCCACCAUCUUGCGCUAGCACCUCAUCCUCAUCCGCCACCCGCCAGGCUCUGCUGGCCCAGAAGAGGAUCUACAAGCAGCGACUACGCAGCCUGCAGCAGUCCACGCUCCACAUCACCGCUGCCAUGGAAGAGUACAAACAGCGAUUUCCCACGUUCAGCUCGCCAUUGAUGGAGCGCAUGCGCAAACGGCGGGCGUUCGCCGAUCCGGAACUGAACCACGUCAUGGAGGCGACGCUGGGCGGGAACGCUUUGUACUUUGCCACCGUUGCCGCCGCCGCCGCCGCCUGCGCCCCCGUUCUUCACCAGGAGCAGCACAUUUACCCAUCGUUGCCGCCGACGAUACCGCUAACGAUACCGCCCACAAAUCCAGCAAUGACCACGCCCGCGGUCACCGCCUCCUCCUCCGUCUCCUCCUCCGCCACUGGAAAGAAGCCCAAGCUGAGCUUCUCCAUUGAGUCCAUCAUGGGCAUCAGCACGUAGCCGUGGGUUCUCAGGGUUUCAUUACCCUUAGUUUUUUUCCAAAUACACUCUGUACAUAAAUCUAGAAUUAGGAAAAAACCCUUUUUUUGAAUAGCAAUAAGUUUCGAGUGAAAUAAAACAAGCGAAAAAGUAUUGAAUAUAAGAAAAACUAAAAAAAAGUAUUGAAUAUAAAAAAAAACUUUCUUAAUUCUAGAACUUUUCCUAUCAAGAUUAAAAAGAAUCCCAUAAACAUAUGAACAUAGGUUAAAUCUUAGUAGACCACGGUUAAAAUGUAUGACAUAGUUUCUUUAUAAAUAUCCGAGCCUGUAUAGAAUUGAGUCUACAAAGUCGGGACUGAAACAAAAUUAAUUCGAUGGAACACUCUAUAACAUUCAAAUCCUCUAAUAUAUGAAGAUGCGUACAAA